UGGACAGACCUCCCUAAUGAUUACAAGACUUUUAAAUACACCAACAGGCUCAGAACAGAUGUUUUGGAAAAUGAUUAAUGUUCUCAUAUUGAAGAUCUUUGAUGGCACCAUUGAUCUUUUGCUGAUUUAAUUCUGUUGGCAGAAACUUAGUCAUACUGUGUUUUAAGUUUCCCAGCAUGGAGCAGGACAAUAUUUCACCACUCCAACACUUUGUGGUGGCAAAAAGGACAAUCAGUGCUGUGUUUUAUCAGCUACUUGAGUUUGUUAGAAAGGGAUCAGAUUUUGUUGAAGAGACGUGGAGGAGCGAGGAUCUCGAGCAUGUAGCUGAAGAGGAGCAGUGCCUGCAGAUCCAGGCCUGCUCCAGGAAACUUACCGUCAUUAAAGAUGUGUUAGCCCGCAGACAUAUGAAGGUGGCUUUCUUUGGCAGGACCAGUAAUGGAAAGAGUACAGUAAUAAAUGCCAUGCUCUGGGAGCGAGUUCUGCCCAGUGGAAUGGGCCACACCACCAACUGUUUCCUGAGUGUGGAGGGCACAGAUGGAGAUCAUGCCUACCUUACAACUGACGACUCUGAAGACAGAAAAAGCAUCGAAACAGUCAAUCAGCUGGCCCACGCUCUUCACAUGGACAGGAAUCUUGACUCAGGCUGUCUAGUCAGAGUAUUUUGGCCCAAAACUAAGUGUGCCCUGUUGAGAGAUGAUUUGGUCCUGAUGGACAGCCCGGGCAUUGAUGUCACAUCAGAGCUGGACAGCUGGAUUGACAAGUUCUGUUUAGAUGCUGAUGUCUUUGUUCUUGUGGCCAACUCUGAAUCAACCAUCAUGAACACUGAAAAGCACUUUUUCCACAAAGUGAAUGAGCGCAUUUCAAAGCCCAAUAUUUUUAUCCUAAACAAUCGCUGGGACGCAUCUGUCUUGGAGCCAGAGAAUCUGGAAGAUGUACAAAAGCAGCACAUGGAUCGGUGCAUCAGUUUCUUGGUGGAAGAGUUGAAAGUCGUGGACCUUAAUGAAGCACCUGACCGUGUCUUCUUUGUCUCUGCCAAGGAGGCCCUGAGUGCCAGGAUCCACCGUGCCCAGGGGAUGCCAGAGACUGGCGGCGCCUUGGCUGAAGGUUUCCAGGAGCGACUGAGAGAGUUCCAGAGUUUUGAGAGAACAUUUGAGGAAUUUAUAUCCCAGUCUGCGGUGAAGACCAAGUUUGAGCAGCACACAAUCAGAGCCUGGCAGAUUACUGAGUCAGUCAAGGCUAUCAUGGAUGCCAUAAAUAUUUCUUCAGCAGAGAAGAAAGUUUUCUCAUUGGAAGAGCGUGAGGCUUCAAUCGACCGGUUGGAGUUUGUACGAAAUCAGCUGAAUUUUCUAAAUGAGGAUGUCAAAGACAAGAUAAAGGCCGUAAAUGAUGAAGUGGCUGUCAAGGUGGCCAAUGCACUGGCAGAGGAGAUUGGUGGCCUGUCUGCUUUGGUAGAUGAAUUCUGCAUUGAUUUUAGUCCUGCUCCUAUUGCCUUAGCCCUGUACAAAACUAAACUUCUGGCAUAUGUAGAAGAGAGAAUGGCAAAGAAUUUGGAACUCCGUUGUUCUAGUUGUAUUAAUGGCUGUGUGAAGACAUCUCAGAGAGAUAUUAUGGACACAAUACGUCCUCUGCUGCCCCCUGCUGCCCGAGGUCAACUACACCUGCCUAACAGAAAGUUAAAUAUGACCUACGGCCUGAAUUUUGCCAGCCUAUGUGCAGAUUUCGAGGAAGACAUCGAGUUUCAGUUCUCGCUCGGCAUAACAUCUUUGGUAAACCGUUUCCUGGGCCCUGCUAAAGCAAGACAAGCUUUGAGCCUGAUGGACCAACAUGCAAAAGCCACCUCUACCUCUGCUCUCAUGGGAACCCAGGCCCAUGAGGAGCUGGCCAUCUCCAUGGCAACAGGGCUGCGCUCUCACACUUUAAGAGCAUCAGUGAGCAUGUUGUUCAUUGCUGGAGUGGUAAGAAAAUUUUGAUUAAUAUCGCUUUUUACUAAAUGUGUUAAGUUCCCAAAACGUGUAUACCUACAUUUGGUUUUUGCACAAGUGUGGCGUUCUGCAGGGUGGAGGUUUGUUGUUCUUUCUGUGAGUCUCUACAGUUUGCUCUACCUGUAUGAAAGACUGACCUGGACCAACAGCUCGAAAGAGAGAGCUCUUAAGCAGCAGUUUGUGGACUAUACCACUCAAAGACUACAGACUAUCAUUCAUAUCAUCAGUAGCAACUGUGGACAGCAGCUGCAACAUUGAAUGGUGGCCGUCUUCGCCCACAAGAGCGAGAUGGAGCUUGAAUCGGAGAUUCGCAGCACUGCCAGGAUCCAACGUCUGGAGAGGGUCCAGAGACACUCCAAAAUGCUCAGGCAUAAAGCCACUGAUCUGGAAGCACAACUGGAGCUUUUCUCGGCUGAGUAUCUACAGAUUCAACAUUAACAACACAUCAACGUGAGACUGUUUGUUGGGAGCACACUGGUGAGCUGGAUAUAGAUUGUCCUCUAGUGUUGAGAGAUGUAACAA